AUGGUCACUGUUUAUGAUCGCUCGCCCUCGAGGAGAAUGUCGUCCGGCGGGAACAGCGGCUCCAAUCCCUCCUCCCCGAGCUCUCACGGCUCCUCCAGCCCCGCUUUGUCGUAUACUCUACCGUCCUCCAGACCCAGGCGGCCGAUGACGUCGGCGGAGAUCAUGAGGCAGCAGAUGAAGGUUACAGAGCAGAGCGAUAAUCGCCUGAGGAAGACCCUCAUGCGGACCCUUGUUGGCCAAAUGGGAAGACGGGCAGAAACCAUAAUCCUUCCAUUGGAGCUUCUACGGCAUCUAAAGCCAUCAGAAUUCAACGACGCAAACGAAUACCAUUUAUGGCAAAAACGGCAGCUCAAGAUCCUAGAGGCAGGACUUCUUCUUCACCCUUCCGUUCCACUCGAUAAAUCGAACACCUUUGCGAUGCGUCUGAGGGAGAUCAUUCGUGGGUGCGAAACCAAGCCCAUCGACACAGGCAAGAACUCCGACACCAUGAGGACGCUUUGCAAUUCUGUGGUGUCGUUGUCUUGGCGCAGUGUCAAUGGGACUCCAACCGACGUCUGCCACUGGGCUGAUGGCUUCCCUCUCAACAUCCACAUCUACGUUGCUCUUCUUCAAGCCAUCUUCGACGUCAGGGACGAGACAUUGGUACUCGACGAGGUCGAUGAGCUUCUCGAGCUAAUGAAGAAGACGUGGUCCACGUUGGGGAUCACUAGGCCCGUCCACAAUGUGUGUUUCACAUGGGUGUUGUUCCAACAAUAUGUUGUGACAGCACAGCUUGAGCCAGACCUUCUUUGUGCUGCUCAUGCUAUGUUGGCGGAGGUGGCCAAUGACGCUAAGAAGCCGGACCGGGAGGCGGUAUAUGUCAAGCUUUUGUCGUCGGUAUUGUCUUCGAUGCAGGGUUGGGCGGAGAAGAGGUUGCUUCAUUACCAUGAUUAUUUUCAGAGGGGUACGGUUGGUCAGGUAGAAAAUCUUCUUCCCUUGGCCUUAUCUGCAUCAAAGAUUCUAGGGGAAGAUGUCACUAUCCAAGAAGGGGCAGGGAAAGACGAAGGAGAUGUAAUGGUGGUGGAUUCGUCUGGUGAUCGUGUCGAUUAUUACAUUCGAUGUUCAGUAAGGAAUGCAUUUGCCAAGGUUCUUGAAAAUGGGAACAUCAAGGAUGUAAAAGACGAGGUGAGUGAAGCUCUACUUCAGUUGGCCAAAGAAACGGAGGAUUUGGCAUUAAAAGAGAGGGAAAGCUUCAGUCCUAUACUAAAGAAAUGGCAUCCAACUGCAGUUGGAGUUGCAGCAGUUACACUGCACAACUGCUAUGGUACCAUAUUGAAGCAAUAUUUAGGCGGGGUGUCAACGUUGACGAGCGAAACAAUUGGUGUUUUGCAUAGGGCAGGGAAAUUAGAGAAGGUGCUGGUUCAAAUGGUGGUUGAGGAUUCCGUUGAUUGCGAGGAUGGCGGGAAGGCAAUUGUCAGAGAGAUGGUUCCUUUUGAAGUUGAUUCCAUUAUAAUGAACCUCUUGAAAAAAUGGGUUGAUGAGAAGCUAAAGAAAGAAAGGGAGUGUCUUAGCAGAGCAAAAGAAUCAGAAACUUGGAAUCCAAGGUCGAAAACGGAACCAUAUGCGCAGUCGGCUGUGGAGUUGAUGAAGUUAGCUAAGGAAACUGUGGAAGAAUUCUUUGAAAUUCCCAUUGGAGUUACAGAAGAGUUGGUUCAAGAUCUAGCAGCUGGUUUAGAGCAUAUCUUCCAAGAAUAUAUCACAUUUGUGUCAUCAUGUGGUUCAAAACAGAGCUACCUCCCACAACUUCCUCCUCUAACCAGGUGUAACCGAGAUUCGAAGUUUGUCAAGUUGUGGAAGAAAGCUACUCCUUGUAGUGUCGUCGGAGAAGAAAUCCACCAUUUUGGAGCUCAUGAAGGUCAUCACCCACGACCGUCAACCAGCCGUGGAACUCAACGCCUUUACAUACGUCUAAACACAUUACACUACAUAUUUUCCCACCUGCAUUCACUAGACAAAGUUCUUUCCCUUUCUCCUCGAGUCACACCUUCAACCGGCAGUCGUUUUAACAAUUCUAGGACUUAUAGCAAUUCUUCUUCUUACUUCGAAGUUGCCAACUCAGGAAUCGAAUCAGCCUGCCAACAUAUCUCAGAAGUAGCUGCCUAUCGUCUGAUAUUCCUUGAUUCAAGUUCUGUCUUCUACGAUUGCCUAUAUGCGGGCGAUGUCGCAAAUGCACGGAUUCGACCAGCAUUGCGGAUCCUGAAACAGAACCUUACCUUAUUGAGUGCAAUCGUCACAGAUAGAGCUCAGGCAUUGGCAAUGAAAGAAGUGAUGAGAGCCUCAUUUGAGGCAUUUUUAAUGGUUCUUCUAGCCGGAGGAUGUUCGAGGGUGUUCUACCGUUCCGACCACGAGAUGAUCGAGGAGGACUUCGACAACUUGAAAAGAGUAUUCUGUGCAUGUGGAGAGGGAUUGAUUGCAGAGAAUAUUGUCGAGCGGGAAGCCGAGGCAGUGGAAGGAGUAAUAGCAUUGAUGAGCCAAUGUACUGAACAACUGGUGGAAGAUUUCAGCAUCGUCACUUGUGAAACAAGUGGAAUAGGAGUUAUGGGUUCUGGACAAAAGCUACCCAUGCCUCCAACGACAGGACGAUGGAACAGAGCCGAUCCGAACACCAUCUUACGAGUGUUGUGCCACCGGAAUGACCGAGCCGCUAAUUUAUUCUUAAAGAGAACAUUCCAAUUAGCAAAAAGAAGAUGAAGCAUUCUUCUCUUGUACAUCAGAAAGCAGAGAUAAAAACUAAAACCAGAGAGAGAGAGAGAGAGACACAUACACACACACAGAUAGAAACAGAGUAUGCGUGUGUAUUAUAAUUGACUUCAAAUGAAGUUUGGGAGAAAUAGAUGAGGGAGGCACAUUGCAUACAUAAUUUACAAACCAAAGUUUCAAGGGAACAAGUCAUUGGUGGUGUGGUUGGGAGGCAAUGGUUUGCAUUUCUCUUUCCUGUACUCACUCUUACCCAUUGCCUUCUGUUUCAUAUCUCAAUUAACACAACCACCUCUUUCAAAGAGAGAAUAGAACAAAGUUUCCUCAAAA